CACUCGGUGGUUGCUCCGUUGACCGAUCAACCCAAGAAAUCCUCCUCAGCAUGGAGAGCGAAGGCAGCACGAGCCCCAACGGCGGCGCCGCCUGCGCGGUCUGCGGCGGCGCCGCGGCCUUGUACUGUCCGGCGGACGCGGCGGCUCUCUGCGUGCCCUGCGACGCGGCUGUCCACUCGGCCAACCCUCUGGCCUCACGCCACGAGCGCGUGCCGCUGGCGGCCGCCGUGGCGGCGACCUCCGGCGUGUACGACCUCUUCGCGGCUGACGAAGAAGGCGGCUCGUCCUGGCCGACGCCGGGGCAGGGGAGCCCCAACAGCGGCUCGUCCGGCUUCAGUAAUAAUGGCAGUGGCAUCGAGAUGAGCCUGUUUGACCUGCUCUCCGACGUCGACCUCGUGGCCACCGGCGCCGGCGGAACCAUGCUAUCGGAUAACGGCGGCGUCGCGCCCUUGUGGCUGCAGCCCGGCCUCGCCGCGGACGGCUCUGCUGCGUGGGCCUCCUCGUGGUCGCCGUCGGAGGCAGUCGUCGUCCCGUCGGCGGCGGACCGGGCGGAGAGGGUCAGGCGGUACCGCGAGAAGCGCAAGAACCGCAAGUUCCACAAGACCAUCCGCUACGCCUCCCGCAAGGCGUACGCCGAGGCGCGGCCCAGGAUCAAGGGCCGCUUCGUCAAACGCCCCGCGGCGGCGGCGGACGACGGCGACAACACGAGCGCCGGCGAGGCGGCCGCCAAAUUCUGGCUCUCCUUCUCCGACAACAGUGUAGGGUUCCAAGUUGCAUCCCAUGGAGUCGUGCCAAGCUUCUAGCAAUGGCGUCUGCCCAGCAAAGGAAAGAUGCUAGCGAAGUGCAGAUGCCAUGCUGCCUCCUGCCAUCCUAUUGGCGCCAUGGUCUUCCUGUCGUGUCCGUGCUCCGGUCGUGCCGUCGUUGCAGUCAAUAUUCAUGGUAAAAACCCGCCAUCGAUAUUUUUAACUGAUGACGCGGGUUUUUCGAUCGAUGGGCACAAUUUCAUGUCCAUCGGUGAACUAGGCGAUUACUGUACUUCCUCGGUUUGUUGUUAGUUUCAUGUGCUAAGAUAAAUAAAGAAUCAUGCUGAAUUCUUG